AUGGAAGGGAGGAGUGAUUUUGUGUUAAAAGAGAAACUUUAUCUUCUCAAAGGGAGACUCAAAUGGUGGAAUGUGGAGGUGCUUGGGAGGAUUGAUUUUAACAUUAAGGAAGAGGUAAGGGAGGUGAACAAAGGGGAGUCGUUAUUACAGGAAGACUUGGAGGAUGGGAGGGAAGGUGUGAUUGCUAGUAGAAAGGAGGCAACUGGUCAUUUUCGGUUAAACUUAAGAAUAAAGGAGAAUAUGCUUAUUCAAAAUUCGAGAACUAAAUGGCUUAAUGAAGGUGAUACUAAUAGUGCUUUCUUUCAUAAGGCUUUGCGGGAAAGGAGGAGACAUAAUCACAUCGGUUCCAUUAGCUCUUCAAGAGGUUUGUUGGACUCUGUAGUAAGGAGGAGGUCCAUUAUCACUUUUCGAGUAAAUUUCUUGAGACGGAUGUGGUUAGAACCAUUUUGGAAAGUAUUGCUUUCAAUCAACUUAAGGAGUCUAUUUGGAGUUAUGGUGAUUCUAAAAGCCCGAGACCCGAUGGCUACUCUUUCACUUUUAUCAAGAAGUGUUGAUGGAGUUUUGGUAGCAAAUGAGUUAGUGGAUUAUGUUAAGAAGGAAGGUAAGAGUUUUAUGCUUUUCAAGGUGGAUUUUGAGAAGGCCUAUGACAAGGCUUCGUUUCUUCAAAUUGUAGCAGUUGCGGGUUUUGGUCAUACGGAUGGAACAAUUUGGAUUUGGGGCAAUAUGGGCCAUCAUUAUUUUGUUUCGGUGCUGCUUGGUUUGGUCGUUGAGCAGUUGCAGACAGAAAUUCAGAGCGUUUCUUGUGCUCAGGCGAGAAGAGAUCGAGUGGAAUGGUUGUGCUAG